GGUCAGUAGUACCAACAGGAAUCUGCAAACGAAACUCAUUGGAAGCGCCUUUGACCAUAAAAAAAAUAUCCCACCAUAAGUCUUUCUCUUUCCUUGCAUGUCUUCCAGCUUUCAUUUACCCCAGUCCUCAAUAUCUCCUCUAUAGUGCUACAGCAAAAGUUUUGAGAGCUAGGAUUUUUCAAGAUGGGAAAUGCUCUUAGGCUCCUAUAUGAGAAAAGUUUGGAAGCCGUCGUCAUUACGGAAGGUGGUUCAGUAGAGCCACGUUAUACCACUACAGCUCCUCGGGUUUCAGCUCUUGCCCGUGAUCUCCUCAACUUUGAAAGAACUUCCCUGGUACCGGAAGAUCUCACUCAGCAUGUUGUAUCAUCAAGGAAGGCUCAAGUCAAAUGGUAUGGAAAGUUAUUGCAAGCAUGGAAAGAAGCAAAACCCCGACCAAAAACACCUGAAGAGGUUGCUAGGCUUAUUGUUGAGACCUUAAGCAGACAUCAAAAGGCAGAUGUUGAGGGUUUAUUGGAAUUCUAUGAUCUUCCUCAUCCUACUAUUUUUGAGGAAAUUUCUACUGGUGUCCCGAUAAGAUUGCCUGAAGGAGUGAAAUUUGAAAUGCAUACAUUACCAGUAGAUGGGAAUACGGUACCAGAUGGGGAUGGUUUAAAUGUGUAUGUGAAUACUGAUGAUCCUAGGGAGUCCUCGAACAUACCUAGAGCCGUUCUUAUGGCUGCGGUUCGAAGAUCAAAAGCACGUGCUAAGAAAAACUAUGCCAGAGCCGAUGAACUUCGCGAGAAGAUUAUUGAAUCAGGAUACCAGGUCAUAGACUUUCAAAACGAAGAGAUUCUUGCUCGAGAGUAUCGGAUUCGACUGAGGGGUAUAGAUGCACCAGAGAGUUCAAUGCCAUACGGUAAAGAAGCGAAAGAAGAGUUGGUUAAGCUUGUUGGUGUGAAAUGCUUACGAGUUCUCGUCUAUGGGGAAGAUCGAUACGACCGUUGCGUCGGAGAUAUAAAUUGCAAUGGAAAAUUCGUUCAGGAAAUUAUGUUGAAAAAGGGGCUUGCAUGGCAUUACUCUGCUUAUGACCAACGUAUAGAACUAGCAACUUGGGAAAAGGAGGCUCGAGCGAAGCGGGUCGGUUUAUGGGCUUUACCGAAUCUUAAGAAGCCAUGGGAAUGGAGAAAGGACAAACGACAAGGCAGAUGACAAUGUCUGAUACCUUGAA